AUGGAUAACCGCGGCUCCUUUUUCUUCUUCCUGCUGGUGAUUUACCUUCUCCUCAGUUCUCAGUCUCGACCAGCAUUGAUCGAUGAAGAUCGGGCACGACAACAUGAGCUUAACCAUGAGCGACAGGUCCUUCGGGUGUUGAAUGGGUCAAAAUAUGGUGACUUCGAUCCACCUGCCAAUCGAUGGCUUCCUUUUUCGGGCUUAAGGGGAAAUGACAGCUAUGCUUGGGACCUUUUGCCCCAAGUCAAAGGGCUGGCUUGCCACCAGUUACAAUCAGCAGUUUCAAUUGCCGGAUUAGAACCCCCGGAUGGUCUUGUAGACCCUACCGUCUCGCCCACGUUGAACUUGACCAAGUUCCUGCUUCCAGUAUAUCGAAAUUCAACCGGAAAGCUUCGGGGGGACUGGGUUCGGAGAACUGAAGGUGCUGAUCGCCGUGAACCCCUGAACACGACAGCCAUCGCUGAAGAACACGAAUACUUCACGCAUGAAUUCAGCCAUAAUAUCACUGGCAAUGGGGGCACCUUUUACUUCGAUCUUGAAGAGGGAGGUGGCGAAGAGAUUCAGCUGGGCGACGGAAUUUUAAGAGAGAUGCGAGCCAGUUUGACGGUCGAGAGUGAAGACUUCUGGGGAAGUACCUGGUACAUCUCGUUGUUUGGUGUACACUUCCCAGACACUGGAAGUAUCGUUUUGACUACUUCUAGUGAGAAGUUUGAUGGCGUCUUCUUGUUGCCGCAUUUCAUGUUAUCUUCCGACACAUACGAACUGUCCCAUGAGCUUCUGCUCAAGUCACUGUCGGACACUAUCUCGGAGAAGCAAAACCGACCCCCAACACUGUUCCCCUGGUCAUCUCUAGCAGGAACGGAGCAGAUGGAGUUCUCUGCGCCUAAAUGUGAACAUAUCAUCUUUUUGCAGCAGCAUCCAGUCAUGCUCGGGGAUGCCACUGCUGACCGAUUGUUAUUGGAACGUAUGGAGCAAGAGCUCAGAUAUCCAAUGGGAGCGCCAAUUCCAGAGCCUCCUCUUAUGGUCAUGUCUGCCGUUGUCUUCUCCCCAGACUGCGGGUACAUACUUCAUACUAAAGGAGCCCCCGAGUUCCCUCCUUCUGAAUCGCUCUAUGUGACUGGCCCCAAGCAUGAAGAGUACAGUAAAUAUGCAGCUCGUCUUAUCUUCGUGGUUUCUGGUGUUUUUGUUGCACAGAUCACUCUGCUUCUUCGACAAAUCAAAGAGGCUUCGACUCCUUCUACCCGGAGUCGGAUUAGCUUCUAUACCAUCGCAUUGAUGGCGCUCGGCGAUGCAUUUGUUUUGACUUUCAUUGUUUUGGAACUAUAUGCCGCAGUAUCAUUCUUGGUUCUGGCCACUGCAUCAUUUUUGGCGUUCUUGUCAGUAAGUUAUAUUGGAAUGAAGUUCAUGAUGGAGAUAUGGGCAGUGCAGGAGCCAGAAAGAAGAGAGCAAGAUCGUCCGCCCAAUCCAUCAGUUUCAACUACUCGCCCUGAUACUUUGCCUUUGCCUGCCACUGCUCUGGCGGUGCGAGACUCGGGCGCCACCGCAAUCAUCUUGUCGCCUGACCAAGAUCCCCCCGAGAAUGAGAUGGAUUCACCGCCACCAGCCACCCGAACCGCUCCCCAACCCCUAGGCAAAUUCGCAGCGAUCAUGCUCAUUCUGUCAAUCUGGGCUUUCCUCCUGCCGAGACGCCUCGGCUCGAUCUACACCCGUUUCUUGGCAGCAGUCUAUCUCUCCUUCUGGGUUCCACAGAUCUACCGCAACGUGAUGAGAAAUUGCCGGAAGGCCCUUCGAUGGGACUUUGUUGCCGGCCAAAGUGUUCUCCGGCUCUUCCCGUUCCUGUACUUCCUCACUGCACGGGGAAACGUCUUGUUCAUCCGCCCCGACUACACAAGCGCAUUCAUCAUGACCGGCUGGGUGUGGAUCCAAGCUUGGAUCUUGGUCAGCCAGGACGUUCUCGGGCCACGUUUCUUUGUGCCUCAGGGCUGGGCGCCGCAUGCAUACGAUUACCAUCCCAUGCUGCGCGAUUUAUCCGGAGUGGACGACGAUCUGGAAGGUGGUGGCGUUCUGUCCAUCGCAUCGCUGCGGGGCGAUGAGCGAGAUCUGGUCAGUGACUCCAAGGAUGACGGUAAGCAGAGGAAAGACCGCAAGAAAGCCAUCUUCGACUGUGCUAUUUGCAUGCAGGAUAUCGAGGUUCCUGUUCUUCCCGCACCUUCUUCGUCGGGUGGAAGCAGCGUUACCGAUGGAGCCUCAAGCAUCUUAAGUCGCCGGCUGUAUAUGGUCACUCCUUGUCGUCAUAUCUUCCACACUGCCUGUCUGGAAAGCUGGAUGAGACUUCGCCUCCAGUGUCCGAUCUGUCGUGAAUCCAUACCUCCUGUAUAG